UAUGACUACUCACCGAGUUGCUUAUUUCUACAAUGCUGAUGUUGGAAACUUUCAUUAUGGUCCGGGUCAUCCGAUGAAACCUCACAGGCUGUCUGUGACCCACAGUUUAGUGUUGAACUAUGGGCUGCACAAAAAGAUGCAAAUAUACAAACCCUACAGGGCCAGCGCUCAUGAUAUGUGCAGAUUCCACAGUGAGGACUACAUAGAGUUUCUACAGAAUGUCACUCCUCAGAAUAUACAGAGCUAUUCUAAAGACCUUCUCCACUACAACAUAGGUGAUGAUUGUCCAGUCUUCGAAGGGCUCUUUGACUUCUGUUCAAUGUACACUGGAGCAUCACUGGAGGGUGCGAUGAAACUCAACAAUAAUGCAUGUGAUAUAGCUAUUAACUGGUCCGGGGGCUUACAUCAUGCUAAGAAGUUUGAACCUUCAGGUUUUUGCUACGUAAACGACAUUGUAAUAGCAAUCUUGGAGCUUCUGAAAUAUCACCCAAGAGUUCUAUACAUAGAUAUAGAUGUGCACCAUGGUGAUGGCGUCCAAGAAGCAUUCUACUUAACAGAUCGCGUGAUGACAGUCAGUUUUCACAAGUAUGGGAAUUAUUUCUUCCCUGGUACGGGAGAUAUGUAUGAAAUUGGGGCCGAGAGCGGACGGUAUUAUUCUGUUAAUGUCCCAUUGAAAGAAGGCAUUGAUGAUCAAAGUUAUGUACAGGUAUUUAAACCGGUAAUAUCAAAUGUGAUGGAAUUUUAUCGACCGACGGCGAUAGUACUACAAUGUGGGGCAGAUUCUCUGGCUGGAGACAGGCUUGGAUGCUUCUCGCUAUCCACGAGGGGACACGGGGAGUGCGUCAAGUUCGUCAAGAAUUUGAAUGUGCCGACACUGGUUGUUGGUGGUGGGGGGUACACGCUCCGUAACGUGGCUCGGUGCUGGACAUACGAGACAUCGCUUCUAGUUGAGGAAAAUAUAUCCAACGAGUUGCCCUACACAGAGUACUUGGAAUUCUUCGCGCCUGACUUCCAACUUCAUCCGGACAUUAACAGGCCUGUUUUCAGGCCGGAUAGUACGAACAACGCGAACAGCAAACAGUACCUCGAAGCCAUCACAAAGUACGUGUACGACAACCUGAAGAUGUGCCAACAUUCACCUGCUGUUCAGAUGACACAUAUACCAGGCGACUUCUUCCCCGAAGAGUACCGUAUCAAAGAUGAACCGGACCCAGAUGUUCGUAUCAGCCAAGAGGAAGCUGACAAGAUGGUGGAACCAAAGAACGAGUUCUACGAUGACGAAAAGGACAAUGAUAAGGAACCCGUGCCUGAGAAAAUGGAGAUAUAGCAUACGAACGGUGAGGUUGACCCGUUGGCCAUUUGACAACGGAGGUAUAGGAAAAAAUUUCCUAUACUCAAGGAUUUUUGUGAGUGAAUUCAGUGGACAAGAGAAUUGUGAAUGUUUUUAUAGUGUUAAAUAAUAAUAAACCUGGUGAGGUUGGUUUAUGUAAAGGUGUUGUGGAUAGACCCAUCAAAUCAACAGAUAAUAUUAAAGUCUGAUUUUAAUAGAAUAUGGAUAAUAAACUUGAUCCGGUCAUUGCCCAUUCAACAACGAAGGUAUAAGAAGCAUACUAAAGGACUUGUGUGUGAUUUAUUAAGUGUACAAAUGCUGUGAACAUGUGUUAAGUUUUUAGUGUAAGAGUGUUGUCAGACAAGCUGCAUUUCGACUACAUCUACUGCGAUAUAGUGAGAAUGUAGCCAGCGAAUAGCAAACUCCGAGCUGUAUGCUAUUGCACAUUAUACACUCCCGGACAAAUAAAUUUAACCCAGCUUGCAUUUUCAGUAUUAAAUUCUCUGAGCUGGAAAAAUUUUUAAUUGACUAAAAACUAUUAUGCAAUUUGGAAACUGGUACAUUAAACCUUAAGUUAAAUUUCCAUAAGUCUUUGUUGAAAAUUUGAUUUGUAAAACCACAGAAAACUUUCAUCAAUGUGAGCCUUUUGAGAAUAAAAAAUCAAUGUGCCUGUAAUUGUGUCGAGGAGUAUAUAAUAAUAGCAUCAUCUACCUACAGCUAUGCAGUCAUAUUGCCCUGUAGUUGCAAUGUGAAACUGCAGCUCAUCGCUACAUCCUUAGAAGUAAGGUAGCUGUUAAAUAUUAGGAACAUUUGGUAACUAUACAUGCCUUUAUAGAGACUCGUCUGUAUCGUUCUUACCAGCCAUAUCUAAUGCAAUAAUAAAAUCAGCCCUUCUAAUUCUGUAUAAUAUCUGUAGACCUAGUACUAGAGUAUGUCUGUUGCAUCCAUGAGUUCUGUUGCAAAAAUGUGAAGGCCAGCACUAUCUGUAGUAUUCUAUAAAGUUGAAAUUACUUUUGUUUUUUUUACUGACCUAACUUAGAUGUGUUACGCAACGUUUAAUUCGUCUUUGUGUUACGUUCAUACUUUUGUGAUGGAACAGGAAUGUGACAUGGUUUUGGACAAUUCUGUUAUGGUGGUCAAAAUGUGCAGUUGCUAGGGGUCGAGCUGUUUGUUAUAUAGUCUCUCACUCCAUUAACAUUAUACAGUAAAAGUAAACAAGUUUGGAUAAAAUUCUAAAGCAAUCACUCAAUAAAUGGAAGAAGUAACACUUCUACGUAUAUUUUGAAGAUUUCGACGAGAUCUCACCAGUUUUUUUUAAAAUAUCAUUUCAUUUGAAUACCAAUUUGGAAUCUUAUUUGAAAAAUCAGAAAUUGGUCCUUGUUUUUUUUUCUUG